AUGUCCUUCUUAAGACUACAUGCGCCUUUCAGGACUAUUAACUUAACAAAGCGAAUAGGUACUCGCUCUUUAGCAACCGCAACAGGCACUUCGCAUAGUUUCAAUAGUAAGAAAAACGCCAAAGGAAACUAUACCGUCACAAUUAUUCCAGGAGAUGGUAUUGGACCCGAGAUAUCAGAGUCGGUGAAAAGAAUCUAUAGUGCUGCUAAUGUACCCAUUGAGUGGGAGGAGGUUAAUGUGGUACCUUAUUUGAAGGAUGGCAAGACUGUCAUCCCGGAUGAGGCGUCGAAAUCUGUGAAAAGGAACACUGUUGCUUUAAAAGGACCAUUGGCAACACCGAUUGGCAAGGGUCAUGUGUCUCUUAACUUGACUCUGAGACGUACCUUUAAUCUGUUCGCGAACGUGCGUCCGUGUAAAUCGAUUGUGGGUUAUAAAACGGUAUACGAUGAUGUCGAUACAGUAUUAAUUAGAGAGAACACAGAGGGAGAAUAUUCGGGCAUUGAGCAUUUGGUCGUCGAUGGAGUCGUUCAAUCUAUAAAGCUUAUUACCAAAGUUGCAUCCGAGCGCUGUGCUCGCUAUGCAUUCCAACAUGCUCGGGACAUUGGUCGUAACCAUGUUACUGCCGUUCAUAAAGCUAACAUAAUGAGAAUGUCAGACGGUUUGUUCUUGGAUGCGUGUAGCGAAGUCGCCAAGGAUUUCCCAGACGUUAAAUUUGAUGACGUUCUGUUGGACAGAGCGUGUCUUCACAUUGUACAAGAUCCUUCUCUUUACUCGAAUGUUGUAAUGGUAAUGCCUAACUUGUACGGAGAUAUCUUGUCAGACAUGUGUGCUGGCUUGAUCGGGGGUCUUGGGCUAACACCAUCUGGGAACAUCGGAAGAGAUGCCUCGAUUUUUGAAGCCGUACACGGAACGGCACCCGACAUUGCUGGCAAAGAUCUAGCAAAUCCCACAGCUCUGUUGUUAUCUUCCAUAAUGAUGCUUCGUCACAUGCGGCUCAACAAUUAUGCAGAUGUCAUUGAAUCUGCCGUAUUAAAAACGAUUGCCGAUGGUAAGAAAUUGACACGAGAUCUAGGCGGCACAGCGUCAAAUACAGAUUUUACGAACCAAAUCAUUAGUAAUUUAGAGUCUGUUUGA